GGUCAGUGUUAGAGGAGCUCAGCUUAGCCUGACAGUUUGCCUGCCCCGGACCAGGCUAUUUUCCUUCAUAAGUUGCCAGAGUAACUGAGUUUGACCUAAUUUAAGUUUGUUUUAUGAAACACAAUUCGCUGACAAGAAGUCUGACUAAGUAAAAUAAGCCUGGCUUGUUUUCUAAUCUUGUUUUAUGAAACAGCCCUCAGGGCUGGGAAACACUGAUCUAGAGCAUGUUUACUUUGAAAAACAAUGGAAAAGUAGUGCAGUGUCAUAUUUAUAUGAGAUAAAUUGAUGAUCAUGAGAUCUCUUUCUUUGUAUGAACUCAACAUUUUAAGGCAAUCUGAUUACUUAAGUUAAACCAACAAUAAUGUUUUUACAGUGUAUCAUUUACAAAUACACUUACAGUAUAUUUUUAUUCAAGAGGAGCCAUUUUUUAUUGUGGUGGAGAAUAAUUUGAAUAAAAGUAUUUUAUGCUUUGGAGUCAUGUGACCUGAAUAAUGCAAAUCAGGAGGGUUACUGGAAAAAUCCGUUGACUGGGAUAUCAUUCCAUCCUCUUACUCUGUCUGUAUGGACUCUUGUAACUUUUUUAAGAAAGUUAUCACUGCAGUUAAAUUACAGGCUGAAUCCAGGGAUCAAUAAUGCUGUCAGGACUUACAAGCCAAAGAGAAAUUGAUGGCACAAAAAUGAAUUUGUCUAAAGGGGUUAUUCUCCUUUUUCUGUCAAUUAUUUUUAAGGUUGCUGUGGCAGGGAAUUCCACAAUGGUGUAUUUUGUUGAGCUUGAAAUUGAGAAAUCGGUGUAUUCCAAUGUAGUGGACAUUCUGGGAGAAAACGCACAAAUAAAUGUGAAAAAUGCAACUGUAACCGAAAUCACCAGCACAACAGAUUGCAUGUUGAAUGAGACACAUAAGAACUGUUUAUGCAUGCCAGGAAACACAUGGAGUGAGGACAUAUGCAAAAAUCAUGCCUGCUGCAAAGACGAGUCCUGCUCUCUUAAACCUAAAGAAACCGCUGUGUGCCUGUCUGACAAAAGAGUAAGCAUCAAUGGAAAUACUACAAUGUCAGAGUAUGAUUGCUCAAUAUUAUGUGUUAAAGAGAAAAAAGGCUCUGAUGAAUACGAGACCUUGAAUCAGAAAAUAAGGGAUAAGCUUGCGGAACAUUACAGCACAUUUAAAUAUUUUGAUUCUCUGAUUAUCAACGGUUACAGUUAUGGCAGUGUGGUCGUAGAUUAUACAGUGAAGAUACUUGGUCCAGUUUCAAUUAAUGAGCUUAAGAAUACAGCUAUUACACUGAAUGGAACUCGGCUGGUUACAACAGGCCUCAUUAGUAUUCAAGUACCUGAGGAUCAACCGAUUGAUAUAGGCUCCGUGGCAAAUAUAACUUGUACUCCACCAGAGGCCCUGGGAGAGGUAAAGUGGUUCUUAACUGAUGACAAGAAUAAAACAACACAGAUCACAAAAGGACAAGAGGCCAAAUUUACAAAGGAUGAUAGAAAAGACAUUGUUGCACUCAGUGGAAUUUCAGAAAGCUGGAAAGGAAAAUUUACGUGCGUGUAUACACAAGGGACCAUUGAACACAAAGCAAGCGGAGAGUUGGACAUAGCACUUUUGCCAGAAAUACAGGCCAGGAGUACUCCCCAAUUUCCAGAUUGUAAAACUACUUCACCGCCGGUAAUUCCAUGUAAAAUUGAGUGUAACAUUCCAUUCAGCAAAGAAAAUUACACUGUUACAUGGGAUCCUGGUCUAAGUGAUGUUCAAGUAACAGUAAUCCAAGGGGACGUUAUAUCAUACACAGCAGUAAAGAACAUAUAUUGUAAAGAAAAUAAUGACGAAACCGUGGAAGUCAGUUGUAACUUCACAAACAAUAGAUCCAAAUCAAAUAGCAGAAAGGUGACUGUGCAGCUCCCCAUCAUUAAAAAGUCGUCACAAACCUGUGAACCAAAUGAAGGCUGGCCCAUCACAAAAAGCAAUUACAAUGCCAGCAAGAAUUGUAUUAAUUCUGCUGUUGGUUUGAGAACGAGAGAAUGCAAAAAUGGAACGUGGCAAAAUGAAAUCUCUUCUUGUGUGAAUAAGGACCUGCAUGUCAUUGAAAAGGAUGUACAGGAAUUAAAUAAAGGUAUUGGCUUCAUUAAGGACAGUGCAAAAGACAUUUUCGAACGCAUAAAGGAUUCUACCACAAUCAAGACAUUCAACUCAUUUGCAAAUAUUAAUGCAUCUAUAAGUAUUUUAGAUGUCAUGAAUUAUGUAUCUCAACAACAGAAAAAUAAAUGGAAUGAUACUGUCAUCCCUGACUUUGUCAAUUCUAUAAGCAAUGUUUUGAAUGACACAAACGCCUGGAAAAACCCUGCAAAUCUUGACACAGAUUUAUCUGUAAAAUAUCUAAAUACUGUUGAGGAAAUGGUGAGCAACUCAAAUCUGUCCUCGAAUGUCUCUCACAAUUAUAAAAAUGUUGAACUGAAGCUCUGUAAUGACAACUGUGGUAGCUUCAAUACCAGUGUCAUCACAGGCAAUGGGGUUAUUGUCAUUGGAUUCCAGAACCUUCAUGAAAUUUUACCAAAACCCAAGCUGAAUGAUAUUAAUGCUAUACCAGAGACCACCAUCUUGUCAAUUACUACUGUAAAUAAUAAUACCAGUGGGACUAAAAGAGUUGAGAUGACAUUUGAUUACUCCAAAACAAGACUCCCAAAUCACGAAAUGUAUUGUGUUUUCUGGAAUGUAAGUGCGAAUAAGUGGUCUAGAGAAGGGUGUAUAUGGGGUGGUGCGACCAAUGCAGAGUUAUGCACAUGUGACCACAACUCUGCAUUCACCAUACUGAUGUCUAAAGAUAAAGUGACCCUACCCUACAUGGAGGAACUGACCUACGUUGGCUUAGGAAUAUCAAUCGUUUCACUUGUUCUGUGUUUAAUCAUUGAGAUUUUGGUCUGGGAUGCAGUUGUCAAGUCAGACAUCUCCAAUUUUCGGCAUGUGGCCGUAUUCAACAUCGCUUUAUGCUUGCUGUUUGCACACUGUGGAUUUUUAGCAUCAGCUGAGCCUGAGAAAACCCCCGCACAAUGGUGCUCCAUCCUCACAGUAGUCAAACACUUUUUUUUCCUAGCCGUCUUCUUCUGGAUGCUGUGCUUGAGUUUUGUAAUUCUUCACCAAAUAAUAUUUGUCUUUGACCAUCUGCGGAAAAGGGUUUUUUGGGGAUUGUCUAUCACUCUUGGUUACGUAUGCCCAAUAUUAUGUGUGGCAAUAACCUUCAUUACAUUCAGAAACGGAGAAGCUGGUCAUUACUAUUCCGAAACGACUUGCUGGCUCGUAUACAAGGGUACGUUGAAGGGCUCCAUCUAUGCCUUUAUUCUUCCUGUCGGAACUAUUGUGUUUAUAAACUUGUUCACCCUGGCUGUGGUGAUCAUGAAGAUAGCAACCCCUACUGUGUCGGAGGCAAAGGCGCGGGACGAAAAGGAAGUUGCCAAGAGUAUGAUUAAGACGAUAGUCUUCCUAAGCCCUGUCCUUGGAAUAACUUGGAUCUUCGGAUUUUUUAUAAUGAAUCUUGACCUUACACAAAAACCUUGGGCCCAAGUCGUGAACUACACAUUUACAGUACUUAAUUCACUACAGGGCUUUUUCAUAUUACUGACAAAUUGCGUUGGAGAGAAAAAGGUUCGUGAUGCACUUGUGAAGCGUUUCAAAGGUUCCAAGCAAUCAACACAUUCUAAAAGUGAAAGCUCAUCCAGAGCGACAUCUUCUAUUAUAAAGAAAUAAAGAUUGGACAGAUUUAAGAUGUGAAUGGUUUAGUCGGUGCGUUCUAGAAGCAACGAAAGACACAAAAUUUUCAUGGAUUCAAUUCUGUCACAUUCUAUGCAGAUUAAAAUGGCUAUAAAAGCAGAUAAUUGUUUAUUAAUUAUUUUAAUUGUUAAUUGAUAAUUGUUUUCUUAGACACUGUACUAUUAUUUGUGAUAUUGUACUCCAGAGGAUAAUGUAUAUCAGUGUACUCAAGUAUGUAUACUUUGUCAUGUUAGUUUACUGUAUUAUGAAUGUAUUUAGAUUUCUGUCUGUGAAUGAUUAAUUUUUCUUUCUAAAAAUGGUAUAUUUAAUUUUAAGUAAAUUCAUGUAAGUAUAUUUAUGCUUUUAUGCCUGUAUAGCUUACUUGGUUAUUACUCAAAACUGGUGACAGUUGUAGAAUUUUGGCAUGCAAUUUUACUUCCUCUGACAAUGCUUUCUCUUAUAUUUUACAUUUAAUUUUUUUUUUACAUUUAAAAAAACGCACAUUAAUUUGUAUUUUUGCUCUCAUGGUAUAAUAAAACCUACUUUUUAA